AUGAAAGUCGGGCAGGAGCCAGUUCUGUGGUCCUCUCAUUUGUCAUGUUUAUCCUUCCCCCAUUGAUUUUCUUCCACACACCCUUUCUUUUUAGUGCAUGUAUGAGUCAGCAAACGCCUGCUUCAUGCUGGAGCUUCAGUGGAAGUAAAGGUCAUGUGUGGAAGAUGAUCCAGGGCCGGUGACUGAAGCAGACAGAAAAGAAGGUCGAGUUCUACAUAUCAUCUAGAACUACAAAUCAUAAAUGGCGUUCGUGUUCCUGCCAGCACUGGCUCGUAUGGCCGUGUGUGGCGGCACCCAUGGGAACGAGCUGUCCGGUGUGUAUGUUGUGCAGGAGAUGGAGCGACAGCGGAAAGAGAAGGGAGAGGGUGUGUGGCCGAUUCCUGUAACAACUGUGCUGUCAAACCCAAGGGCUGUGAAAGAGUGCAGAAGAUACAUUGACACGGAUAUGAACCGCUGCUUCAACAGAGACACGCUGAGUUGUCCUAUUACAGACAGCAGCCCGUAUGAAGUCCGGCGUGCUCAGGAACUGAACAAUCUGCUGGGGCUGAAAGAAUCCACCGAUGCAACAGACAUGAUCUGUGACCUUCAUAACACCACGUCCAACAUGGGCGUCACACUCAUCCAUUACACGACCAGUGACUGGGUGACCCUGCACAUCUGCAAAUACCUACAGACUAAGAUAACCAAGGUUCCUGUGAGAGUGCUGGUACUGGAUUUCCCGAUUAGUGAUUCUUAUUCCUUGGAGUCUGUGUCCAAGCAUGGCUUUACUCUAGAGGUCGGGCCGCAGCCGCAUGGUGUCAUCAGAGCUGACAUCUAUAACAUUAUGAAAGAGGCCGUCGACUUGACAAUAGACUGGAUCCACAAAUUCAACUCAGGAACGGUGUUUGAAGGCGGGGAUGUAGAAGCCUUUAAGCUAAUCAAAAGUGUUGAUUAUCCCAGAGAUCCAGAGACUCGGAGUCUCACUGCUGCCAUUCAUCCUCAGCUGCAGGACAAAGACUUCUGUCUUCUCAAGCAGGGAGACCCUUUAUUUUUGUCAUUUUCUGGAGAAACUGUGAACUACAAGGAAGAAGAGACACUUCAUCCUUUCUUUAUCAAUGAGGCUGCUUACUAUGAAAAGGGUAUAGCUUUUCACUUGGGAAAAAAGAUAAUGCUGAAAAUUCCAGCGGUGCGAGUGCAGAAAGACUGAAGGAUGAGAAAGGAAAAUAUAUUAAAUUCAGCGCGAUUACCACCAUCAAUCAGUUGAUUUCACCAAAAUGCUUUUGACAGUCACUUGUAACUCAGGUAUAUGCUAUGUACUUAUUUGUAGCUAUAUGACAAUGAAUGGCUCAUUUAUCUGCUUCUAAAACACGAGCAACAGCAUUUUGGAUGCAAAGAUAUUUAUUGUGACCAGCAAAAUGUUCACAUGACGUGAACGUGUACAAAAAUGUAUAAAAAAGGCAAACGGUCUGAAGUAUUGACUUUAUAAUGAUGUCACAGUGGAGUGUGAGGUAUCCUCUUGACUGUAUUGCUCAUAUGCUGUUGCUCUCGCCUGAUUUCUUUGAGAAAAUAGAGCCUCUCAUGGACUCGAAAUAAAAAGACAAAACAAAAAGCACUCGAAAAAAAUGUGACCUCAAGUAUUACAACACACAGAAUAAA